ACCCGCCUCUCCGCCAUGCUCAGAAGCGCUCUCCUCCUCCUCCUCGCUCUCGCCUGCGUCUCCGCAUUUGCCCCUGCUGCCCUCCCAGCUCUCAGAUCAACUCGCAAGGCUCCCAUCAGCAGCGUGAGAAUGGCUGGAGCCGACAGGAUGCCCCCAGGCCCUAAGGGACGUGGUCCAUUCGGACCUGAGGACACCUUUGUCCUUCCGGACGGUCGCUCUUACACCCCUGGAGAUGCCUGCACUGAUGACAUCUACGGUGCUGCUCUCGCCAACCCUGUCGUGCUUCCUGAUGCCUUGAAGCUCACCGUCGGAGCUGGAUUGUUGGGCUUCUCCGUCCUCGUUCCUACCAUUCUCAUCAAGGUGAUUGGAGGAUAUUAAACAUGAUUGAUCUCAAGAAAUAAAAAGUUGAACUCCAUUGUG